AGAGGCCCAUGACCUCUCUCUGGCUUUACCUUUCAUUCGUCCCUCUUUCAUUUUCUCUCUCCAGAGCUCAGUAUGAAUUCCAUCUAAGUCGAAGGCUGACUUUGUCUCAGUUUUAUCGCCAAAUUGGUAACCUCUUCGCCUUGCAUUUCUCACUUAGUACCACAAAAUUCUCGUCUUUCUUCAAAACCUUGCUGGGUUUAAUGAUGAAUUGGAUUGCUUGAUGUUCAUACUGCUGCUCAAGCCUAAUGCUAAACUUGUUUGGAAGGCCAUUUGAAUUUGUGCAACAGCCUAAGCGUUAUUUUUUAAUCUUUUGCUGAUUUGGCUAGUUUAGAAAAAUGGUUGGGAAUCCAAUGGCUCAGGUAUCUACAUGCCCUACAGUAUUAUUUUCGUCGUUGAGUACUGUCUCACAUCGUUCUCCAAACUAUUUGCCUUACCUUCCGUUUAGAUCGAAAAGAAAAAUUACUCAGGUUUUUGCUACUUCCUCUGAUACUGGACAUGGCCAAGCACCAUCUUCCGAGAAAAAGAAUCCGCUUGCAGCCGUUUUGAAUGUUCCGCAGGCUAUUUGGAAGCGGACUUUACGGCCACUAAGUGAUUUCGGUUUUGGUCAUAGGAGCAUUUGGGAAGGUGGGGUGGGGUUGUUUUUGGUUUCUGGUGCUGUUAUUCUUGCUCUCAGUAUAGCUUGGCUGCGGGGUUUUCAAUUGCGGUCUAGAUUCAGGAAGUACUUGGCUGUGUUUGAAUUUACUCAAGCUUGUGGUAUAUCAAAUGGAACACCAGUAAGGAUUAGAGGGGUGACUGUUGGUAAUGUUGUUCGAGUCAAUCCUUCUUUGAAAAGUAUCGAGGCGGUUGUUGAGGUUGAAGAUGAUAAGAUAGUCAUACCUCGAAAUUCACUGAUCGAGGUAAACCAGUCAGGUCUACUUAUGGAGACAAUAAUUGACAUAACACCUCGAGAUCCAAUUCCAAAUGCGUUAGUUGGACCGCUUGAUCCAGACUGUGUCAAAGAAGGUCUAAUUGUGUGUGAUAGGCAAAAGGUGAAGGGACAACAAGGAGUAAGUUUGGAUGCUUUGGUGGGUAUUUUUACGCGCCUUGGACGUGAUGUGGAGGAAAUUGGCAUUGCCAACACUUAUUCACUGGCUCAACGAGUUUCUUCUGUUAUUGAAGAAGCAAGGCCUCUGCUUACAGAGAUCCAAGCCAUGGCUGAAGAUAUUCAACCUUUACUAGCUGAGGUGCGAGAUAGCGGUCUCGUUAAAGAAGUUGAAAGUUUAACCAAAAGCCUUACUGAAGCCUCUAAUGACCUGAGUGUUGUUCUGUGCAGAAGAGUCCAUUCAUCCAUUUUGACUCCCGAGAAUACAGAAAAGAUUCAGAAAUCAGUAUUAUCUUUGGUUUUUACCUUGAAGAACAUUGAGAGUAUAAGCUCGGAUAUCCUUGGUUUCACCGGUGAUGAGGCUACAAGACAAAAUUUGAAAUUACUUAUCAAAUCCCUCAGCAGAUUAUUAUGAAGUAUUCUGGAAGAAACUAAUCGAUAGCUUAAGAAGCAUCAUUGGUUGUCAAAUUUGAAACUGCUUCCAGGUGCCAAUAAUAUAGUAGAGAUAAAGUGAAGCGUCAUCAAACUAAUUGUGGCUCCUUCAAUUUUAAGCCCUUUCCCUUUCAUUGCACUUGCACAGAAAAUCUUCGAGUACAGCGGACAUUUUUUAUUAAUCUAUCUGGUUACUCAAGUUUACUUUCCUAGAUGUUUUGUUAACCCAUUUAAACACAUAGUUGCUUAUAUCCCUUUAUGCCAGAUGCCCUGUUGUUCCCAAAACCAUUUUCCAAGUUACAAGUAUGCUUUCUGAGCACUUAUCUUGGGGUCUCUUUCCCAUGCUGUGUAUUCCCGUUUCUUUCUAAAUGUCUUUUUCUGCAGUGUUUUCUAAGACAAGCUACAUCUAUUCGUUUUUUUUUUUUUGUAGGUUUCUUGUCCUAUUUACAUGUUUUCCUUGAGCUUUGUUAUGCUUUGCCUUGUAAAAGGAGGGUGAUACUAGUUAAUCUCCCUGCUUCAGCUUAAUACUUCAUGGUCUGUUUCUUAGGCUGGACUUGUAAUUUGGCAGGAUUUGUUUCUGGGAUCUAACCUAUUUUUCAAACGUCUGCUCUGCAUGCCCGACUUAUUCCUCAUUUUAUUUUAGAACUUAUACUACUUAAAUAGGGUCCCACUGUAGAACAUUCUCAAUGAAUGUGCAAAAAUCUUUAAUUUUAAUUAAAGUUUGCCCAUCAA